AUGUCUUCCCCAAAAGUAGCAAUCAUCACCGGCGGGGCAUCAGGAAUGGGGCUUGCUGUCGCAAAGGCUCUUUCUGCCAAGGGUUGGGAGGUGAACAUCUUCGACCUGAACGCCGCAGCUGGAGAACUGGCGGUACGCGAGGAGAAGAACCUGAAGUUUACCCAGGUAGAUGUCAGCUCCUGGGGGUCGUUGUCUGGCGCAUUUGAUGCCGUGUUCAGAACCCGUGGCAAGCUGGACUUUGUGUUUGCCAACGCCGGAAUCCUCCAGUUGCAGAACUUUUACGAGCGGACGGACACACUGCCACCAAAGGAGCCACCGCAAACCAGCAUCGACAUCAAUCUGAAGGCCGUCAUCAACACGAGCUACCUGGCGCAGCAUUACUUUCGAGCCAACAGGCAUGCAAACCAGGACCCGGUUCUGAUCAUGACAGCAAGCAUUGCAGGAUUCUAUCCUCAAGAAUUCAAUCCUCUUUACUCAGCAUCCAAAGCCGGUGUGGUCAAUUUCCUGCGCUCCAUCGGCAAGCCAUUCUACAAUGAUGGUAUUCGUACAUACGCCAUUUGCCCAGGAACCGCGCGAACCAACUUGCUCUCCAGUGCUGCUUGGGAUAAGUUCCCAGAAGAGUACUUGACGCCAAUUAGCACCAUCGUCUCGACCGUGGAGACGCUUAAUGCGGGUGGGCCCUUUACGGAUGCUAACGGAAGGCACAUAGCCAAGGGUUCAGACUAUGGACUAGCCGUGGAGGUAUUUGGCAAUGCCUUCUAUUUC